CGGCGGCAAAGGAGGAGGGCGAAGAGCCGCUGGCGGUCGCGGCAGCGGCGGCGGCGGCGAGAGCGGAGCCAGCCGGCCCCGGUUCUCAUGGAGAACUGUUAUUGAAGAGAAAUCCAUUUGAUGUGAAGUAAUUUUUAAAAGAAUGAAUCAAGAUAAAACUUUUAAAUGCAAGUACCAGAAAAAUUACAACACAUCUCCGUGAAUUUACAAGUGGAUCAUCUUCCCUUGUGGGUUGGCAGGCAGUUAUAGGACUGUAAAAUGGGUCUUCGGAUUCACUUUGUUGUUGACCCACAUGGUUGGUGCUGCAUGGGUUUGAUUGUUUUUGUCUGGUUAUACAACAUUGUUAUAAUUCCCAAAAUUGUCCUCUUUCCUCACUAUGAAGAAGGACAUAUUCCAGGCAUAUUAAUAAUAAUAUUCUAUGGCAUUGCCAUAUUUUGUCUGGUUGCCUUAGUGAGGGCCUCAAUAACUGACCCAGGAAGACUGCCGGAGAACCCCAAGAUCCCACAUGGAGAAAGAGAGUUGUGGGAAUUAUGUAACAAGUGUAAUUUGAUGAGACCAAAGCGCUCCCAUCACUGCAGCCGCUGCGGCCACUGUGUAAGGAGAAUGGAUCAUCACUGUCCGUGGAUUAACAAUUGUGUUGGUGAAGAUAACCAUUGGCUUUUUCUGCAGUUGUGUUUCUACACUGAGCUUCUCACUUGCUACGCACUGAUGUUUUCUUUCUGCCACUACUACUAUUUUCUUCCACUCAAAAAGCGUAAUUUGGACCUCUUUGUUGUUAGACAUGAAUUGGCCAUAAUGAGACUAGCUGCUUUUAUGGGCAUUACUAUGUUAGUUGGAAUAACUGGACUCUUUUAUACACAACUGAUUGGCAUCAUUACAGAUACAACAUCGAUUGAAAAGAUGUCAAACUGUUGUGAAGAAAUAUCGAGGCCCCGAAAGCCAUGGCAGCAGACCUUCUCAGAAGUUUUUGGCACUCGUUGGAAGAUCCUGUGGUUCAUUCCUUUCAGGCAGAGGCAACCACUGCGAGUUCCCUACCACUUUGCCAAUCAUGUCUAAACAGAUGGAUGGUGGGCACAGAUGGGUCCUCCAUGCUGGAAAUGCGUUACAGGUUUUAUGAUAAUAGAACUAUGACAGUCUUCAAGUCAAUUAAAAUCCACCCACCAAUCUUAGGCAUCAUAAUGUGCCCCAGGCUUUAUUUUAAUAGUGAUCUUGAUCCUGUUGUGGGACUAAUGCAAGAUCUAUAUUUAAGUUUUAAAGCAUGUUUACUUUCAGAUUAGCUUUCCACGGGGAUUUCUUUAAAUGCUUUUGUUAGUAAACUCAGAAGGCAGUGAUUUGGAUGAAAUAAUUGUACAUAAUUUCUUUUGGUACUGACAAUGUUACAGAUUUUAAUUUAAAGGAAAUCUCAGAUGUUUAUUUAAAAUUUUCAUUUUUAAGUAGUACUAACAGAUCUGGAUUGAAUUCUUCGUAUUUUACAAAUGUUGAUAUACCUCCUUACAGUAGAUGUAAAUUUUCUUUUUCAAAUGCAGCAUAAAAUACUUAAUACUUCUUCUUCUAUGUGCUGCAAAAACUGUAGCAUAGGAGUGAACAACAGCAGGGACAGCCUUGUACUGUUUUCUCAUUUUUUCCUUUACCAGAACCAAAAUAAAAAUAUGACUAAUAUAAAACAACAGCUACCUACCUUAUUAUAAAGAUUAAUUUUUUUCACAUUAAUUUUCUCACUUCUUUUCUCCUUAUUGUGGUAAUUAUUGAUUGUUGUUAAAAUAUCUGUUCCCAAAAUAUCUGUUCCCAGAAGAAAUUUGUGAACAGUAGGAUGGUAUUCCUAGUUUACCCUAAGGUUUUAAUGAGCAAAAAGUCUAGAAAAUUUGCAAAAAUUUGACAGUUACUUUUUCUAGUGUAGUUAUAUUAGAAUGCGUAAUUUUUCUAAAUGCUAGUAAAACUAGAUAAUAUAUAAUGUACAAUAUGAAGAGGAGGAAUAUUGUGCUUCUGAAAAAACAUACUUUUUAAUUUUAUUUAUCUACUGGUAAAUCUAAAAUUAUACAUUGAAGGUUUAUAAAUAAUAGAUAUUGGUCAGUUUAUUGAAAUUUUAUUUAUAGGAAGUUACUCAAAAGUUGCUAACAUUUGUAUACUAUAGUCACUGAACUUAAAUGAAAUUUUAAUUGGCCAGCAAGAAUUUGUGUUGAGAGACCUUUUGUGGAAGGUACUAUUAUAAAAUGACCUUAAAAUUAAAAAAAAAAUCUGUAUUUAUCAUUAGACUUAUAUAAAUUUAAAUUGCUAAUAGUGAUGGUCUCUUGGAAAGCAUAGAACAUAUGUGUGAAAACACAUUCAGUAUGCUUUGAAAAAAAAGUCAGAUUUCAAUUUUUUUCCAUGAGAAUACUGCAAAAUGUCAUAUAUCUUUUUAAAAUAUUUAUGUACUCACAGUCUUCCUCGCAGAGAAAGUUGAAAGAAUCUCCUGUAUUCAUACUUCCCUUUUAGUGAGUUUUGAAAUUAAAGAAUCAUCCCUGAGAAAUAAUGAAAUGAAAGGUUACCAUUUUCAGCAAUUAUCUAUACUGUGGUUAGUUCUCUCAGAAAUUGUAAAUAUCAUUGAAAAUAUUCUGAAAUAAUAGUGUAAGCUCUUCUCAGAUACUAGUACCAUGCUUUUCAUGUUGUUAUUAUAAUGCUUUAUUGCUUAAAACCUUAUAAGUGGCAGAUGAAAGUAUUUAUUGGUGCACAGUAAAUUUAAUAUAAGAAAUAUAUUUAUAAAACAUAAACACAAAUUAUUGUGUUUGUGUCUAGAGAAUGGGUUGAAUUUUGUGCAGGGUGACCAAAUUUGGCCUUGUGACAGAACUGUUGAAAGGAAGUAAUGUAUAGAUAAGGUAGGUCUGUUAUUAGUUGAAUGCCUGAUGCUGUAUACCUUCGUUUUGAAUAAAGACGUUGAGAACACAGCAGAGCAAGUGAAGACCCCCUCAAGAGCUUUAUGGACAUGUCUGUACUUCACGUAGUAGCAGUAUCUGUGUUCAGAGGCACUGGGGAGGUCUCUUUCCCACUCUGAGGCUUCUAGGACUCAUUUUCUUCCCUUCUUUUUAUCCUUCCUCAUCCUAAUCCAUCUAUACCCGGUCCCUGUAAUUGGGCUACAAAGUAAGGCACUUGACAAGCAUAUGCUUAUCUUGUUUGAGUGGCAGAAAUGCAACAUCUCAGUAUAUUUACAUAAGAGUUUAUGUUAAAGUAUAUCGAUAUAUACUUAUAUUGUGAUUUACAGUAUUCUCAAAUUAGCACACCUGACCCUGCUGUGGGUUUUGUAAUUCUUGAGAGGACUGGAGAGAAACCCAAUGGCAGUUUCUUAGGGAUUACAUAAAGUCUGGUGUUCUUUCUGCGCCCUCUUUUGGCUAAUUGGUGUAAUUAUACUGGCUCUUGAGAUUCACUACCCCAUAAGUAAAUUGAAGAUCCAAAUUCUGAACAUAUCAGAGGUACAAACUUAGGAGAAAGAUAUGUACAAAAUAUGGAAAAUUUUAUGAAGAUGAACAUGUUACUAUUUAUGAUAUUUAUAAUUCAUAAGAAUGUGGUUAUUUGCUUCACUUAGUAUAUUAUACUUUUUGCUAUGAAUCACAAACAUGUCAGAUCAGUAUAAGCCAAUGUAAGCCAUUUCAUACAUUUUUUAAACAUUGGUUUAAGUAAUAAUUUCUUAAGAUUAGAAAAGCUGUUACUC